AUGCUCAGAAGCUUGGCUGCGCAAAAAUAUGCUGCAAUUGGCGAAACAACCAUCUUACCGUCAUCUUUUCCCGAAUCAACGCGCUGGUACACCGAGAAUUUCGAACACUCCAUGGCAUUAGUGCGAAGAUUUGGAUCGCCCGAAUUUUUUAUCACCGUUACCUGCAAUCCGCAGUGGCCAGAACUCCUGUCAGCGAUACGCAAUGAAUUCAACGCCGUAAUUCCGGAAAGCCUGUUGGCUCUAACCCGUCCAGACAUGGUUGCAAGAGUCGCACGUCUCAAGUUCCGCCAAAUCGUCGAAGACAUCAUGACGCAUCAAAUCUUUGGAAGAGCAUCCACGUACGUCUUCACCAUCGAGUUCCAAAAGCGAGGUUUACCGCACAUGCACCUAUUAGUGAUUAUGUCGCCAGCGGACAAGAUUCACAGCGCUGAGCAACUUGACGAUUUGAUCUCGGCGGAAAUUCCAGAAGAUGAUCUGGAACUCAAGGAACUGAUCUCGAAAUGGAUGAUCCAUAACCCUCGUGGUGAUAUGAACCCAAGCGCUCCGUGCAUGGUCAGCAAACAUGGAAGAGACCAGUGCAGAUGGGGAUUUCCAAUGGAACAUCAAGACAUGACAUCGCUGGUGGACGAUGAAAAGCCGAGGUAUCGCCGACGCUACAAUCCGUUGUUGGAUCCAAUGAACCCAGAAUUCUCGCAUGAGCAAGCCAUCUACAGGAAAGACUGCAACGGCCAGCGCGUCACCACAGACAACCACCACGUCGUCCCGUACAACGCCUACCUGCUCAAGAAGUAUCAAUGCCACAUCAAUGUCGAAUUCGUAGGCAGCAUCGAACCGGUGGAAUACCUCUACAAGUACAUCUACAAGGGCCAUGAUUGUGCUACGAUAAAAGCCGUCGAAAACCAGCAGACGAUCAUCUACAACAAGCCGGAGAAGUACGUGGAAGCUCGCUAUAUCUCACCAGUUGAAGCAUGUUGGCGCCUAUUCAAGGAUUUCGAGAUCCAAGCGAAAAGCCACACCGUCGUUCGACUUGACAUUCACCUACCCGGACAAGAUGGCGUUAACUUGGACCAAACGCCAGUUGACCUUGCCAAUAUUGGACAGAAGGGUUCGACCUUAAGGGCUUACUUCCGCCAUAACACCGCGCUGAAAGAAGACGAAGCGAACGGAAAGGCAGUCACCUACCACUAUUAUCAUGAAAUGCCGGAGCACUACCGAUGGAUUGGCCAGACGAGCACUUGGCAGAAGAACGUGAAUGCUUGCAGCAGAAUUGGUCGCGUAUAUCCAGUCAACUUCGUUUCCCAGCCAGAACUUUUCUUCCUGUGCACGCUUUUGUUCCACGUCAAAGAACCAACGAACUUCAGAGACCUCUACAUUGUCGACGGUGUCCAGCACGCAACCUACAAGCAAGCCUGUCUAGCCAGAGGCCUCACAUACGACGACCAACAGUACGUAGAAGGACUCCGCGAAUCUGCUUCAUCGAAAAUGCCAAGUGUUAUGCGCAUACUCUUCGCUCAAAUCCUGAUACUUGGUGCGCCAGAAAACCCGAAGAGAUUAUGGGAACUGUUCAAAGAGGACCUCGCGGAAGAUUUCAUUCGAGAAGCAAGACGCACUGGUGGUUCCAUAGAAGAAGCGAUAAAGCGUGCCUACCGAAUCAUCGCGCAUAAGCUGAACACCGAAGCUACCGAAGGCCGCAACUUCCGAUACUGGGUGCAGACACAUGGCAUGGAAGACAUCGACAACUAUGAGCAAGAUUUGGAACACGAUAUGAUCGACGUCGACGAAUCAACAGCAAUCGGAGACCGCAUGUACCAGCAACUCAACGAAAAGCAGCGUGAAAUCGUCGACACCAUAAUCCAAGCACUUGAAGACCCGACUCCUGCUGCGAAAUGCUUCUUCAUAGAUGGACCAGGAGGAACCGGGAAGACAUUCGUCUACAGCACGCUGUAUCGCAUCGUUACCGGAAGGCUUAAGAAAUACGAAGAACGGGUAUCCAACUAG